AUGCCGACCUCGGUCACGCUUCACGCCGCUUUGACUAGCGAUUCUACCAUUCGUUCAUUUUCACAUAUGCAGUCGGGGCCGGAUAUCUCUAUUGAGCUUUUCACGUCUCAAGAUCUCCUUGCACAGCCAUGGCUGUCAGAGCUCACCAAGAUGAUUAAUGCAAGUUACCUGGUCGGGCACACGGACAGAAUCAAGUACCUCAACAAUAAGCUCCGACUUCGCUCCGACAGCGACCUUUCCCGUGAGCUAGGAGUCAGCGGCUUCACGGCAGUGGCCUUCGCUCGUGACCAAGCGGGUGAGAAGGCAGAAGUGAUUGGCACUGCCAGCAUGAAACCGUGGAAGAAUGACGAACUUUGGCUGCGAGGUGAGGGGGAGAUUGAGGGCGAGGACGGGAAGAAGAAUAAGGACAAGAUUCAGGAUGAGAUCGAUGGAGCGGAAGCGGAUACCGCUACAGAUGAGCAUGUUCUCCUGGAGUCCAUUUGCCCGGGUGACUACGAACUUGCCGUGGUGGCGCUUCCGCCUGAUAACCGCUACCGCGGCAAAGGCAUCGCUGGGCGGCUAGUGAAAGCGUGUGAGGAUGAGCUACUACGUCGACGAAGCCAGGAGGGCGAUCAGAGCCAGCCCAUCAGAGUGAUGAUUCGAGUCUUGAAGGAGAAUGCCGGAGUGUACUGGCUUAAACAGGGAUUCAAAGUCGUCGGGAGUCAGAGACGCCCUGCCGGGUUCUGGGACGCUUUGGAGCCGUUCACCUUGUGGGCGAUGGUGCGAGAACUACGAACGUAA